AUGUUACUAAAUAUACAUAAUUUACCGUAUACGGUAACAUAUAACGAUAUAAAGAGUUUAAUAUACUCUAAGUGUGGCAUAGCCGACGUAAUCUUGGACAAUUUAGUUCCACACGAGAAUCGGACUAAAAAAGUUACUGUUGGCCUAUCCGGAGAAGAAGACGCUGCUAUUUUCACUAAAAAUAUUGAUGGAGCCGUUAUGAAAGGCCAUCAAUUGCGGGUAGUGUCAAAACCGAAAAUCCCGACAUUAUCACAACCUGGUCCUUCAGAUACCAUUCAAUCACAUAUGCCACAGGAAUCUGCUUAUUCGCAAGGACAAAAUUAUACAUCAUCACUACAAAAUGUACCAACAAUGGUUCCUCCUCCUCCUCUGAUGAACUAUGGAACUCCAAAUAUGUUUUACCCUAAUCAGAGUGCAUUCUAUAUGAUGAAUCAGUCUACUUAUCCCAGUACUUCAUCACUCCCAAACAUUGGCUAUCAGACUGUGCCUUAUGGCAAUGCAGGCAACCAAGGCUACGCACAAGGUUCUUGGUCUGAUAAUACUUGGAACCAACAGCAGCAGUCUGAAGGAUCUCAAAACUCCCCACCGAAAAAAGAACGGGAAGUAAGUUGGGAUAAAGGCGACUCAAAAUCUAACGGUCAAUCUCAAUGGGACAACAGUAACACAAACUGGGGCACCAGUAACACAAACUGGGGCAACAGUAAAUCAAAAUGGGAAAAUAGUAACUUUCAAAAAGGCAAUAAUAACUCGCCAUGGGAAAACAAUCCGACACCAGAUCGGGACAAUAGACGUCAAUCAAGUACAUGGAACAACAGUAGUGGUGAUUCCAGCUGGAAUAGUCACAAUGAUCCGAGAUCGAACAACAGCCGUGAUUCGAACUGGCAAAAUAGUCGUGCAUCAAACCACGAUAAUACGUACCGUUCGAAUCCAAGAGCUGGCACCUCUCGCGAUCGUGAUUCUCCUAAUCGGCAAUAUAAUCGAAACUACUCUCCGCGACCAUCCGAGAAUAUUUAUGGAGAUCAUGUGAGACAUCCGUCUCAAGAUAAGCGUCCGCGAGAUAAUGAGUCUCAACAAAACCGGUUUAAGUGUCCACCACGUCAACGCUCUCCAAACGACCGAGACCCCCGGAAACGAGAACGGAACACUCAGUCCGGUAAUGUUCCACAUGACUCCACUCCUGUACACAGAGGAAGUGACCCACUAAAUCAAAGAGCAAUACAAUUAGGUCGCAUGUGGCGUGGACAGUUCAUUGCUACUAAAGCUAGGAACAUAAUGGAAGAUCCUCGAUUUGAAUAUGAUGCACCAAACCAUAGUAAACUUCUCGCUGCACUUACAUCGAAUAUCAAAAGGCGUGUAAGAGUUAACUUCGACAAUGAUUACUCGAUGCCUAUGAACCAGCUAGAGAAAAAAUAUAAUAAAAUAUAUGGCUUCCAUGGAGACUGGGUGGUACUCAGGGAUAGUCUCCAGAAAGUCGGUGGGAGGCUGUUAUCCAAGGUGGAUGCUGGAGGAGACACAAACAUACCUUGCAAGACGAUUAAAAAGAAUAAGAAAGGCGGAGUGUUUGACAAUAUGAGUCUAGACGAUAGAAAUGAACCAGAAGAACCUUUGGGUGCUGGACCCCAGCAAGGUAAUGUACAGCAAGUAGGACUGCAAUAUGGAGGACAGCCGCAAGCGUCAACUUCCAUGAUUGGCAAUAUACUACAAGGUCCACCGCAGCAACGGAAACCACAGCAUGGAGGACCACCACAGCAACGGAGACCAGAGCUUGGAGGACCUCCACAGCAACGGAAAACACAGCUUGGAGGACCACCGCGAGCUGAGUUCGGCUCCCAAUUUAAAAAGGCACAACAAGGAGGAACGCAACAGCGCGGACCGCGAUUUGGAGGACCCCCCCAAACUUUCAAGUUUGGUAAUAAAAAUAAAGGGAAAGCAAGCAAACAAGCAAAGAAUCCCUCGAGUAUACCACUCGCAUUGAUUCCUGGUCGAAUACCCCAUUAUCCAGAAGGAGAUAAAAAACUGAAUACGCAACAUAAAAAGGACGCAAAGGACAUACUGAUGAGUGAUUUGUCUUCACCAAUGUUCAACAAAUUGGAACUAAAGGUCAAAAACGCUAUAGACAAAGAAGUUAACUUGUUGUGUACAAUGAUCGAUAAGGUUUGUGAGAACCCUGGAAAGGAUCCAAUUCCUGCUAAUUUUCUCCAAUUCCUCAAAGGAGAUGUCUCUGCAGAGAUGAGGAGGGUUUUCAAAGUAAUGUUAGCGAGGCGCAUACUACCAAUUCUGCCGACAAUGCUCCGAGUGUACGCGUCCCCGCCGAUCAAACGUGUGCCGCUCGAGAACUUCCUCAAGAACUUCAAAGUGUCUGCUCUCAAGAAGAGCAAACAGAACGCUUACUAUGUCGUGCAUUGUAAUUCCAUAGAGGAUCAUGACAAGCUGUGCCAAAUGAAGGAGGUACUUGUAGCGGACAGUCUUGUGUCCUUCAAACCUUUGCACUUGAUAAAUGCGAGAAAAAUGCCAAAAAAUAACACCAGACCGAUAUUUCUAUUCGAAAAAGAGCUCGCGCAGAACACUGAAAAAAAGGAUAUAAUUAAAGGUGUACCCAAAACUGAGGACGUGAACGCCGGCUAUGAUAAUGAAGAGAUGACGACGAAUGAAGUAGAAGAGCACCGUGAUGACGAUAAUAUGGACAAAGGUACUGCAGACGCUGUCCAAGACAAGGACGAUUUGUGUGAAGAAAUGAAAAAUAUUUAUGAGCAAAUCAACAAUACAGAGGCCAAUGAUAAUGAAGAAAAUCAAACCCAUGAUAAUGAAGAAUAUAAGGGUGAAGUUGAACCAUCUAAUGAAGAAGCUUUUCAGGCUUUCCAGUCGGUACAGGUGACUGACUCUGAAGAUUUUACCAAUGACGUCGACAUAGACAACAUAAUUGGCAAUCUCAGUGAAGAAACGAAUAAUAAAAGCUCAGCACAAGAAGAUGGCGAGAAUGAGCAUAAUGUAGAUGAGACUAAUGAGAACCAGCAAGAUGAAGAAAAUAUUGACAUGGCAGAUGUCAAUGAGGAAGACUUAGAAGAUUGGUGA